AUGUUUUUAAAUUUCUCUCGCCAAACAUUAAAUAAAUGUGCCAAAAAAACAAAUUUAAUUUUAAUAAAUUCCAAAUAUUUUUCUACAAAAUUUAAUAUCGAUAAAGAAUCCAAAAAACAUGGAGGGGAAUUGGUUGCUUCUGUCCUUAAAAUUUAUGAUACGAGACAUGAAGUGAAUGCUGUAUUUGCAGCUGAUGCAGGUGUUACCAACACAAUCACUUCCCUAAAAAAUGCCCAAUUGGCUGAAUCGCCUGUUAUUCUGUUGGCUGGUGCUGCUCCAUCAUUAAUGAAAGGCAAAGGAGCACUACAGGACAUUGAUCAAAUCCCAAUAAUUCAAUCAAUGUGUAAAUUUACUGCAAGAAUUAUAAAUGUUGGAGAUAUAGUUCCAACACUUCGUGAGGCAAUUUCUGUUUCUCAAUCAGGCACUCCUGGGCCUGUAUUUAUUGAGUUCCCAUUGGAUGUUCUCCAAUCCUAUCAGGAACAAAGUUUCAACGAGUCUGUCUAUCAACAUAUUUAUCGUCAAUUCCACAAUGCUUGGUCUCAUGAAGAAUUUGGACCUUUACCUGUCACAAUUCCGAAGCCAAACAUUGCAGAUAUUACAAAAAUUGCAGAUAUUCUUGAAAAUGCAAAACGUCCACUUUUAUUAAUGGGAAGUCAAUCUACUUUGCCUCCACUUAAAACUGAACAACUUGUUCAAGUUGUUAAUAAUUUGGGUAUUCCUACUUAUUUGGGUGGAAUGAGUCGUGGAUUGUUAGGGGCAAAUUCAUCGUUACAGAUGCGUCAAAAUAGAAAGAUUGCAAUUAAAGAGGCCGAUGUUAUUCUUCUUGCAGGAGCUGUAUGUGACUUCCGUCUAACCUAUGGAAAGGGAUUUUCACCCGAAACAAAAGUUAUUUCAAUAAAUAGAAGUCAGGAACAAAUGUUAAAGAAUCACGGUGUUUUCUGGAAUUCUGCAGCAACUAUUCAAGCUGAUGUAGGUUUGACUUUGUUAGAACUUCAAAAGCAUAUGAAGAAACGAAAAUGGGAAGGUUUGGAAAAUUGUAAAGAAUGGAUUGAAAUGUUGAGGGAAAUGGAAAUUAAAAAAGAAGAAGACACUGCAAAAAGGUUGGCACAAAAACCUGAUGAUGGACAUAUGAACCCUCUUGUAUUAUUGACUGCAAUGGAUGAGGUAAUUCCAAAAGAUGCAAUUUUGGUUGCAGAUGGUGGCGAUUUUGUUGGAAGUGCUGCUUAUAUUGUUCGACCAGGAGGACCAUUGCAAUGGCUCGAUCCCGGCACUUUUGGCACAUUGGGAGUGGGUGCUGGAUUUGCACUUGGUGCAAAAGCUGUUUAUCCCGAAAGAACCGUUGUUAUAAUUUAUGGUGAUGGAUCUGCUGGGUAA